CGGGGGGGACCCUGCCCCUCGGCGCUUCCCCCUGACUCUUCUCCGGCUUCCAUUUUUCUCUGCUUCCGAAAAGCCAGUGGGAAGGGGCGGGGGCGACCUGCCGGGCUCGCAGCUUCUCCCGGGCGGCUCUGCUCAGCUCUCGUCGCUCCUGCCCGGGAGAGGCACAUGGAGAGACAUGAACCAGGCGAGUGGACUGGACCUGCUCAAGAUCUCCUAUGGAAAAGGAGCCAGAAGGAAAAACCGAUUUAAAGGAUCCGAUGGGAGCACCUCCUCUGAUACUACCUCAAACAGUUUUGUUCGUCAGGGUUCGGCAGACUCCUACACCAGCCGUCCAUCCGAUUCAGAUGUGUCUCUGGAGGAGGACCGGGAGGCAGUGCGCAGAGAAGCUGAGCGACAGGCCCAGGCACAGUUGGAAAAAGCAAAGACAAAGCCUGUUGCAUUUGCUGUUCGGACAAAUGUCAGCUACAGUGCUGCCCACGAAGAUGAUGUCCCAGUGCCAGGCAUGGCCAUCUCAUUUGAAGCAAAAGAUUUUCUGCAUGUUAAGGAAAAAUUUAACAAUGACUGGUGGAUAGGGCGUUUGGUUAAAGAAGGCUGUGAAAUCGGAUUCAUUCCAAGCCCGGUCAAACUAGAAAACAUGAGGCUACAGCAUGAACAGAGAGCGAAGCAAGGGAAAUUCUACUCCAGUAAAUCAGGAGGAAAUUCAUCAUCCAGUUUGGGUGACAUUGUACCUAGUUCCAGAAAAUCUACACCUCCAUCAUCUGCUAUAGACAUAGAUGCUACUGGCUUAGAUGCAGAAGAAAAUGAUAUUCCAGCAAACCACCGCUCCCCUAAACCCAGUGCAAACAGUGUAACGUCACCCCACUCCAAAGAGAAAAGAAUGCCCUUCUUUAAGAAGACAGAGCACACUCCUCCGUAUGAUGUGGUGCCCUCCAUGCGACCCGUGGUCCUCGUGGGCCCUUCUCUGAAGGGGUAUGAGGUCACAGAUAUGAUGCAGAAAGCGCUGUUUGAUUUUUUAAAACACAGAUUUGAAGGGCGGAUAUCCAUCACAAGGGUCACUGCUGAUAUCUCGCUUGCCAAACGCUCAGUGUUAAACAACCCCAGUAAGCAUGCAAUAAUAGAAAGAUCCAACACUAGGUCAAGCUUAGCGGAAGUACAGAGUGAAAUUGAAAGGAUCUUUGAACUUGCAAGGACACUGCAGUUGGUAGUCCUUGAUGCGGAUACUAUUAACCAUCCAGCUCAACUUAGUAAAACCUCUUUGGCCCCUAUUGUAGUAUAUGUGAAGAUUUCUUCUCCUAAGGUUUUACAAAGGCUAAUAAAAUCUCGAGGGAAAUCUCAAGCUAAACACCUUAAUGUCCAGAUGGUAGCAGCUGAUAAACUGGCUCAGUGUCCUCCAGAAUUGUUUGAUGUGAUCUUAGAUGAGAACCAGCUUGAGGAUGCUUGUGAGCAUCUUGCCGACUAUCUGGAGGCCUACUGGAAGGCCACCCAUCCUCCCAGCAGCAACCUCCCCAACCCUCUCCUUAGCCGUACUUUAGCUACUUCAGCUCUGCCUGUCAGCCCCACCCUCGCCUCUAAUUCACAGGGUUCUCAAGGAGAUCAGAGGACUGAUCGCUCUGCCCCUGCCCGUUCUGCUUCCCAAGCUGAAGAAGAACCUUGCUUGGAACCAGCAAAGAAAUCCCAGCACCGGUCUUCCUCCUCAGCCCCACACCACAACCAUCGCAGUGGUACAAGCAGAGGCCUCUCUAGGCAAGAGACAUUUGACUCAGAAACCCAGGAGAGUCGAGACUCUGCCUAUGUGGAGCCGAAGGAAGAUUAUUCCCAUGAACAUGUGGACCACUAUGCUCCACACCGUGACCAUAAUCACAGAGAUGAGACCCACAGGAGCAGUGACCACAGACACAGGGAAACCCGGCACCGUUCCCGGGACACGGAUCGAGAGCAGGACCACAAUGAGUGCAACAAACAACGAAGUCGACAUAAAUCCAAGGAUCGCUACUGUGACAAGGAUGGAGAAGUAAUAUCCAAAAAACGGAAUGAGGCUGGGGAGUGGAAUAGGGAUGUUUACAUCCGCCAAUGACUUGUGCCCUUUUAUGUUUUUUUUUUUUUUAAGUCUAGUAUAAGCGCACCCUCAGAUGAAAUCUUUGGGGUCUACAUUGAAAUCAUAUGUGAUCUGUCUUGUGUAUUUUGUAUUGCUGUUGCUCAAAUAGCAAUAGCAUGAAAUAGAGUAUUAAUAUACUUUUUUUCUUUUUUAAGUGCUAUAUAAAUUGGCCUGGUACAGCUGAAUUCACAAACUGUGUUGGGUAGCUGCCACUUGAACAAAAUCUGUUGCCACCCAGGUGAUUAGCGUUUCAAGAAAUGUAGUUGAUCCAUCCAGCAAGCCAGAAUCAGCACAGAUAAGUGGAAUUUCUUGUUUCCCAGAUUUUUAAUACACAGAUACCUUAUUUGCAUAUGCAUUUAUUCAUGGACCACUGUUUCUUGCUUGUACCUCUGGCUGACUAAAUUUGGGAACAGAUUCAGUCUUGCCUUACACAAAGGGGAUCAUAAAGUUAGAAUCUAUUUUCUAUGUAUUAGUACUGUGUACUGUAUAGACAGUUUGUAAAUGUUAUUUCUGCAGACACCUUAUUAUAAUUAUAUAAUAUAUAUAUAUAUAUAUAUAUAUACAAUCAGUUUGAUCACACUAUUUUAGAGUCUUAAUGCCAAGUCAGCAGAUUUGCUUUAUGAAUUACAGGGACUAGAAAUACCCACAUUCAGGAAAUUUGUAAUAACAUUGUCUAGACACCUAUCCCCACUCUAAUAGAAAGUCUGUAUAUACUGUAAAUAUGUGUGAUUGCUUGACUUGAAAAGAUUUGAUUUCUAAAUGUUAUACCAUCCUGUAAGUUUAUAAUUUUGACCAUAAAUUAUGGCAAAUAUACCAAACUCCAAAGGUUGUUCUACUCCAUACAGUUCACACUAAUUGUGACAAACACAUUCUUAGUAGCUAGUGUCUGUUAUAGUCACUGCACUGGAAUAUGAGCCGGAACCCGCUGUAUGCACGUGCGUGUGUGUCUGUAUGUAAGAGUGUGCACGAGUGACCGGUUGAAAUAAACUCAAAUGCUGAAGACUAGUGAAGAAAUUAGAGACUGGUAUCUAGAAUUCCAGCCACCUGGCUUUGUAUUUAAUUGUGCUAUGUGUUGCUUUAACAAUCAAUCCAUCAAGCAGUCAGGGAAUGUGAGGAAGCUUGCUGCCAAAGUAACUAGGAAAGCAUUCAUGCGCUGGUCCUUGUUUUUGCUCCUAGAGAGUGAAAAUACAGGCAACUUUUACUGUGAGUGUUUCACUGGAAAUGUACAAUCUUUGUGUGUCAGAGUAUUUGUUUUAGUAAGAAACGUUUACACAGCUUGUGGACUUCCUUCAUAGGAAAAUAAAUUUUUAUAAUUCUCCCACUUUAUUUUCUAACCUUGCCUAUUGUUCCUGUUUAUUUCCCAAUUACCUAUAAUUCCCCCCCACCCAACUUAAACAGUUUCAUUGUCUGUGAGAACCCAGGAAGUGCUUCUUAUAACCAAAGUUUCUGUUGUUCAGAAUUAACCAGGGCAAAAUGGGUAACUUGAAGUGAAUAAAUUGUAAAGAAUGUUUCAUACACUAGAUAGAGGAA